AUGAGUGGAGGGCAGUACGUAACAUACGUACAGGAUCUCGAGCAGGAGCCAUUUGAUGCCAUUGAUCUUGUUGAGAAAUUAGCAUGGAGAAUGACUGGAAGCGCUCAAACUAUCAAUGACCCAGUUUCUUUGAAAACGAGAUUUGAGGAAGAGAUUGGCAGCUUGCAGAUGCUUUGUGAUCAAUUUCAGGGGCAUUUGAAGAAAUUAUCUUUUCAGAGUAAAAUUGACACGUUGGAGAAACAGAUGAACGAGGAGAAGAAAGAAUACGUUCAGAAACUUCAACGACUUCAUGAGAAGAAUACUGAAGCUAUUGACAAAAUGAAACAAUUGGAUCACACAAUGCAAUCAGUCUCCACAAAAGUGGUACAUCUUGGAGAUCAAUUGGAAUCCGUGGAUCAACCGCGUUCGAGAGCUCACGAUGCUCAUCAAUUGAUGCAACAUUUCGAUGAGUUCCUUUCCGAUCAACCACUCAAUUCAAUGAUUUUCACGGAUCCUGACAAACUUUUGGAGUCGGCUGAUCUAGUUCACAAGCUAUAUUCGAUUUCUCAGGAACUCAACAAAGAUAAAUUUUCAACAGUUCAAGCGAGAAUCGCUCAAAGAUACAAGGUCGUCGAAGAUUUGCUCAUAGAAGAAUUCAUUCGAUCUCAGCGAGACGAGAAGAAAAUGGCCGAAGUUGCAAAGAUCUUGAGUGAAUUCAAGGGAUACUCUGGUUGUGUCGAUCGAUAUGUCGAGUUCCUCUGUCAGUCGAUUCAUCCACGUGGUGAUGGUGGCGAAAUCCUAGCUGAUUGCCUACAAUUAUGUCGGACCCAACAACCACGAAUCGCUGCUAUCUUCCCAUCGCCACAUACUGUCAUGCAAAAGUUGGUGCUGAAUUUGUUCACUGGAAGAAUGAAGGAGACGAUCAACGCUCGUCUUCGGGAAUGUAAAGAAACUGAAGAUCAUGAACAUUAUCUCCGGGAUUUGGCUUCUCUCUAUUCGAGCACAUUGAAAAUGUGUAAGGAGCUUGAAAAACUUCAUAUCAGUCCGGACAGCGCGUUUCUAUCGACUCUCACUGACUCGAUUUUCCAACGGUACAUUAAUACGUAUUGUACUGAAGAGCUAAGAUAUCUGAAUGAUCAAUGCUCGAAUCUUCUUCAAAGAUUUUACGAAUCCAAGAAGCAUAUCAAGAAACAAGUUGGAGGAGGACUUCACGAACUCAAAAGAGAUGUUGCAGCACGUUUGAUGACUGUUGAAACAUAUGGUGGAGAAACGUUUGUGGCAGAAGACGUCGCCAUUUCGAUUCUACAAGAAACAAAGAAUGCGUUUGGUCGUGCUGUUCAGCUCUGCGAUACAGAAGAUCUUCCUCGCCACGUGGAAAACAUUGUGGACUGUCUUCUGAAGUAUCUAUACGGAGACCAUCUCGACUAUGCAGUGGAAACUGGCUUAUCUGGAAUCUCCCUGGCUGAAUCGAAAACCGAGCCUCCUGCAUAUUUUUUCUCAAUCGUUGCCAAGUGUACUAGCGUGAUUUUGCUCAUGAUGAAGCAGUUCGAAGAUCCGAUUUUCCCUAUCAUCAAAGACACCAUUGCCGAGCCAUCUGUAUCAAAGAAAUGGCAGCAAUCGCUUCGUUCUCUGGAAAACAAGAUGAGCUUGGGAUUGGAGCGACAGUUGAAUAGUAUCGUUGGAUACGUAAAGUUUUUGUUCAGUGAACAAAAGAAAACUGACUUCCGUCCGGAUUCUCAACAAAUUGACAUUAGAGUAUCUCCACAAUGUCAGAUAGCAUCUCGAUUCCUUGCCAGUCAAGUCGCUGCUAUGGAGCUGGGAUGCGAUGGAGAGAAUCUGGAAGCUCUCCAAUCGGAUCUCGCCAAUCGUCUCUUCAUUUUCAUGCUUUCCCAUAUCAAACAGUUCACUUAUAAUUCAACUGGAGCUGUUCUUCUUCUCUGUGACGUUGGAGAGCUGCGAUCACUCAUAUCCAAAUGGAGAGUUCAACAGGCUCUUGCUCAAUGGGAAAGCCUUCAAGCACUCACUAAUCUUCUCGCCGUUCUUCCCGAUCAAGUCAACGAAACUGCUCAUUCCUCUUCACUCGAAAACGUUGAUCGACAAUUGAUUCAUGAUUUUGUCCGUCUCCGAACCGAUUUCCGAUCUAUUAAAAACUUCCAGAUAUAG